CAUGACUGCAACGGACCUCUUGAGAUUUCGAUACUACCAUGAUGAAGACUCACAACGUUCAACGAAACCACGAAUGGACCCUAAACGACGGUGGAGAAUCUUUCUCUCUUAUGCUCCGGACUGGGCGGUGACCAUCAUUUUGGCUGCUAUAUUCUUCUCCCUUGACAAAGUACAUGGGUAUAAACGCGAGUUCUCAGUCGCCGACACAUCAUUACGCCAUACUUUCGCGGAGCAUGAGCGCGUUCCGGACAUCGCCUUGUACUUCAUAGCAAUCGUGGCUCCUAUUGUCCUCAUGUGGUUUAUCAACUUAAUUUCCAUCCGGUCAUGGUGGGACGCACAUAUCAGCACCCUCGGAGCCAUUCUCGCUCUAUGUCUCGCCGGCGUCAUCACACAAUUCACCAAGAUAACUGUCGGCCGCCCUCGACCAGACCUGAUUUCCCGCUGCAAUCCCUCGAAUGGCACGGCUGACCCAACAUACGGCCUCUCGACAUAUCUCAUAUGUAAUCAGAGCGACAGCCAUAUUCUUGAGGACGGGUUCAGAAGCUUUCCAAGUGGACAUUCUAGCUUGUCGUUCGCAGGGCUUGGAUUUCUCUCCUGGUACCUCGCCGGGAAGAUGCACCUGUUCGACUCGAGAGGCCAUGCACCGAAAGCAUGGCUAGCUUUGGGCCCUCUGGCUGCAGCCGCUCUCGUCGCUAUUUCUCGUACCAUGGAUUAUCGCCACCACUGGCAUGACGUCCUCGUCGGCUCCAUUCUUGGCCUCGUAACCUCCUACUUCUCUUACCGCCAAUUCUACCCGUCUCUCUCCUCCGAACGUUCUCACCGUCCGUUCUCGCCUCGCGUGAAGCGAGAAGUGGAAGAACACAGUGUGCUGCCUACUCACCAUCAACGGCCAUCCAGGGAAGCCAUGUUUCAGGAAAAUAGGUUGUCGGAUGCGGAGGACUUGGAGAUGCUACCGCCGCAUGGUACUAAGGACAGUACAAGGCCGUUGACUGAUGGAGACUCUGGCUGAGAGAUCAAGUAUCACGGCACAAUGCAAUAUCUUGGUCGUCUUCCUCGAGUUGACGAGCUGAGGUAUGACAAGUUAUAGUAUCAUAUCGUUGGACCUUCGUUGGACCUUAUUCAUCGUUUCUUGUGAACUACCUUAGCACAUAUGACAUUACCC